AUGUUGAGUGGGGUGGAUGCCAUCCAUGUGGCAACAGUACUGGAAGAUUGUUGUGAUCAACUCUCUAUACUGGGCCGGAUUAUGCCACAUUCUUUUGAUAUGAGACCAGAUGCAUUUGAGAUAGUAGAUAAUGAUGUCAAUCAGCUAGCUGAUUCUCAACGUCAAUUAGAGAGCCGCUAUCAGUCAGUUUUAGCUCGUAAAUUAGACGUCAAACAAUUUACCCAGAAUCCUGAUAAAUUGGCUCAGAUAGAGAAAGAUGUCCUGCAUACUGGUCGUGAUUUAAAGAACAGUACUCAUGUCUUUGGUCGCACGUUACGUCAGAACCCCUUGACACAAGAUAAUAUUGCUAAAAUACAACAAGAUAGAUCAUUUCUAGAAGUGGUGAUGUCGGAGUCAAUGAGUGAAUUAAUACACAACAGAACAUUUCAAUCUUUAAUAGAGGCUGUUAAACUAGAGAAAGCCAAGAAAGCUGCUUUACAGAAUACUAUUCAGAAAGAAGAAGAUGGGCGUAAAAGAGUUCGACAACUUCAGAAACAAUUAUUAGAUGUUAAAAAAGAGAAAGAAAGUGAACUCCAGAAUCGUGAAGAGAUGAUCGCUCAUCUUAAAGAUCAACUGCAGGAGAUGAAGGCUAAAACCAACAUGGAGGGGAAGUAUAUAAAGAAAUGUGCUGAGGUUGGAGUGACACAGACUCAGAAAAGAUGUUAUUUAUCAGAGAAAGAAAUGAAAGAUGAAAUUGAUAAUCUACAGAAUCAAAUAGAUAAAGAAACUAGAGCUAAUGCUGAGAUUGAAUCUUUCCUUAGAAACCAUCAUGCUAAUUUAGAAAAGAAGUUAGAUUUUUGGCAGGAGAAAUAUGAGAAGGAUGUAGAGAGUAAACAACAUGAAUUGGAUGUUUUAAAAGCUUCUAAAGCUAAAGAUUUAGAGAGAUUACAAGAACUGACCAAAUUAUAUAAGGAAUAUGAACAAGUAGUAGUAGAAGAUAGAAUAGAAAAAGAGAAAGUGAGACGAAAAGAUGAAUUAGAAGCUAUAGAACUAAGAGGAGCUAUAAAGGUACAAGCCUGGUGGCGAGGAUUGAUGGUACGGAAGGGAUUUGGACCCUACGGCAAGAAAAAGAAGGGCAAAAAGGGAAAGAAAGGAAAAGGAAAGAAAGGCAAGAAGAAGAAGUAG